AUGACCUCUGCCGACGGGUCAUAUCAUCUUGAGACUGAAACUCACCCUCGUCGACUUUCAUCUCGAGACCGUUAUUCCACUGUUUCAAGAAGCAUCGAUGAUGCCCCGGGAAAUGAAAAUGCCACGGGUGCGCUGCCAUCUAUGCUUCAGCUCUUCCCUAUCCAGGUGGAGUGCCAAAAACCAGCUGUCGUUAUUGGCAAUGACAAUACGAAGGCCAUUCUCAUUGUGAAAGCCAAUUCAGCAUCUGCAAUUGUAGAUGCCUCAGAAACUGAAACGUGUGAUCUCUACCGCCAAUCUUUCAAGGUCGAAUUCAAUCAGCCCGUGAUUGAAAUGAGAGAAAAUGACGAGUUCAAGGAGGACCAGGCUUCGCGCGCGACGAGGCAACGAGAAGAAACCACGAGCCAUGAACCCCACAAUCAACGAUUAUUCUUCCGAGUGCGUCGACGUAAAGUGCUGAACACACUCCGUAAUAUGAUUCCUUACUGGCGUCGCUCGGUCGAGUCCUUCUCAACCGACUCGAGAGCAGCUUUGGGCUCGGGAGUACCGCAGAUCCCAGGCUCCAACCGCUGGCAAGGUUUGUCAAGAUAUAUAGAUGACAGAUAUCAGGACGAUAAGGCACGAUGGUCUUCUGUCGAAUAUGCCGCCGUUUCGACAAUUCUUGACUCGCCUUCGGCAACACUGACAAUCUAUUGGGACGUCGUUACCAAAAUCUCCGAGACUGCACGUCGCCGCGGUACCUCCAACUUCUACAUGAGCAUCAAUGGUACGGAGCCUCCAGCCUGGGGUAUGACGCUCUCAGUCAGAGGCGGAACGAUGAACUAUGGGCCAUGGGCAGAUAGACUCCGGGCUGAUUUGCAGCGAGUGUUCUAUCCCGCACUGUCAAAAGAUGCCGUCGCCUUCCAGCCGUUACCCGCCGGCUCGUGGAGAGUCCCUGCACAAUUCAAACUACACGUGGAGUUGGAAGAUACCGUGACAUUGCGCAUUCCAAUUCGAGAAGAGUCUAAAAACUGGCGCUGGCGUGGCCGGGAACCACCAAUCAGCCGUCACACCGGAAUCAAGAAGCGGAGAAACAAGCUCAAGAAGUCCAACCAAGGGGAGUCUCAAUCAGUUCGGCCGGCCGGUUGGCUGGAAAUUAAGGCACCUGCGGAUUCCACCAUAUCCUAUUCAAUGGAUAUGCUAGCGAGCUCCACCGGCUAUCAAAACCAUCUGGAUAUUGAUUUGCCAAGCACAGAGCUUUGGAGCAGUGUUAAUCACGAUUUACUCUGGAAGUCCGGGGCACAGCGCAUUCAAUGCGACUUGUCUAAUCCUCUGACAUGGAACACCCUACGUGAUUGGAGCUUCACCAUCUCAUGUGACAACAUGAAACUCUACCUUUUACGCGACCACAUAUUUCUCUUUACCGAUCUCGUGAACGACUGGGCCAGUGGACCACCGCCUGAAUACCUCGUUUUCACGCCGUACAUGUACCAUUUGAACCUCAAUCUGCAGAAUAUACAACUGUAUCUCAACGUUAACGAUGAAAACAUAAUCGAUCAAGCCACGACCUUGGGUGACAACACUUGUUUGAUCAUAUCAUCUCCCUUGUUGAGAGCGGAAACCUCGAUCCCGCUUGACAAGUUUCUUCCAAACAAGAAUGCUAUUCCAUUCGAAAUGAGAGCCGACUCCUUUGACCUUUCUCUACAUGCAUCGCAAUCCGACACACGAGCUGCAUUCCUGAGAUCCAACGAGCUUGGACAUGGAAGGGACUUGACGGUGACGGGGAGCUACCAUUACAAUGCCACUACUUCUUCUGCCAAUACGGACUCUUUGAUACUGAAAGUCCAUUGCGUGUCUCCCUACGCAUGCCUCCACGGCUUCCUUAUCCGAUAUUUCAUUCUGCUCAAAGACAAUUACUUCGGUGACCAUGUCCAUUUCCGUACCCUCGACGAAUACCAGGAGCAGCUUCAGUCACGAGCCACGGCGCCUGCUCUUGAACCUGCCCCACGAUUUCCGGCUAAGAAGUCUAACGAUCUUGAUGUGAUGCUAUCUGUCGGCGUUGCGAAUCCUCGAAUCAUGCUGCCCAUAAAUCUAUACGAAGCAGAUCGUUUUGUCCAAUGCGAAUUUGCUUCUCUGUCCGUGGAUCUUCGUUUCACAAACUACUACAUGGAUUUAGAGCUGUCGUUGAGCCCCCUAAGCCUGUCAUUGGGUAUCCCUGCUCUAUCCCCGGAUAGCAUGGAUUCCUCCCAGUCAAACACACAACUGUUCGUUGAUGGUGUUCGCGUGUUUGGACAUCGAGCGUUCGGUCUUCCCCCUUCUGAACCGACUUAUAUGUGCAAUUGGGAUGUUGACGUAGGCUCGGUUGACGGUGAAUGUACCACGGAAUUCAUGGCUUCUUUGGCAAAGGGCGGUGCCGCUUUUGGCUUCAUGUUUGAUGACGUUGAAAAUGCUUUAGUGCCAUAUUCUUCACUCAUCUUUCAUGACGUAACCUUCAUCCGUGUAGAUGUGGCAUCAAUUCACCUGUGGCUCCAUGUGGACGACGCAGCGUUUCUGCUUUCUUCCGGCCCUGUCGAGGUACGAAGCAAUGACUGGGCAGGUUCCCAUUAUUCCAAGCGAACGGACAUUUACAUUCCCAAUAUCGAAGUCUCGUGUGUUAAUGCAGAGUCUGCAGCAAGGCCAACCUCUCGGAGACAUCACUCGGUCGAAACCACAGCCUUCUUGAAAACUAACAUUCGCCUGGCGUCAAUAAGUCGUAAAUUUCACUUUCACGAGGAACUCAAAACCCAGCAAGAUUUCCUACGACGAGAAGACAAGCGGACGGAGCGAACACCCUUUUUGCUACGUCCAUAUAUCGAUCACGAAUCUGUCCCUGAACCAUGUGACCCGCCAGCCCAAUGUGUACCACCUCCAGCUACUCCAGUCGAUUAUGUCCAGGAUGAUCAGAGCUCUGAUAGGAGUUUCGCUACGUCUCAUACCUCCAACCGCCUAAGACGACAAAGCUCAUUUUGGUCCUUUGCCAGUUCGAAUAGCAGGAACCGUGCCUCAGCGGAUCAGUCACGCAGUCGUAACAGAUCCAGACACACACGAGCUCUUUCCGCGCACUCUGCUGGCACGGACUCAGGGCGCCGCUCAUCCGCGCAGAAAAGAAGCUCUCUCUCGAACUCACUGCGACUCACCGCACUGAAGUCAUCCGACCAAGUACAACGCUCGGACAAGCAUGUUGAACAGUCUUCGGUUUUAUUCUCAAGCCAGUACCUCUCUCCACACUUUCCACUGCGAAACGUUCAGCCGGAUGGUCAUGAAGCUACGUUUCGAGAGAGGUUGAGCGGGGACAAGGACAAGUUCUUCGCUGCUCAUGCUUCCUUUGAGGACAUAGACCCUUAUAGCCUUAGUGAAGAUCACGCACAAACCAGCACAAUGAUUGAGUUUCCUACCGGCAUUGGCGGGUUCCUCAGCCCAGAUGCCGUGCGCUACGCUAAUGCCCUUUUGGCCGCUUUCCAGCCUAGCGAACCGGACGAUAUCCUGGACUCGUUGCAGGUGGACACGAUUGAACAAAUCUUCUCGACGAAGAAGCAGCAGCAUAUCACAGGCUACAUGCAAGAGGUGCUUGUCAAGCUACCUCAUGCUGAUAUACUAUUUCUCGACACCCUGUCCCGAGACCAAGCAGAGCAAGAUCAGUAUGAUAUUCGAGUAUCUGAGACGCUGUUAAUUACUCGCACCGUCAAGGAUUGUGUAGCGGAUAUUCCGACUUCAAGGACCUCAGUUCAUUUCCGACUCAAGUCUGCAGAGAUUUCAGCAUCUGAACGAGUCUCCAGUAUUGAGACGCCGCAAGCUGCUGUCAAGGUUACGAUUGAUGAUGUCAGAAUAUCUCUCGGCGCGAAGGAAACUACCUACUUCGAUGCUGAUAUCCGCUCAAUUGUCGGGAGCACUGCAUCCGGCAAAGUCGACUAUCUUGCAUCCCUCAUUCAUAGAACCAGCAGUCUGGCCUCAGAGCUCGCUGAUUUAUUCUCUCAAACCAUCUCUCGUCAUGAAAACCGUGUGCAAUAUUUAACCCACAAGCUGCUAGAAGAAGGCAGAAACACUAACGACCCACCAUUUUUAGUAAGGUCUUCUGCUGUUCUUCGCUCGGCUCAUGAUCAUAUAAGGAUUGCCGAUUCGUGGAAACUCAUCAUGCGUUUGCGGCAGAUAUGGGCUACAUUAAGCCAAGAUAAAAGAUCAACGCUUCAAAGUCAGUGCCGAGAAAAUGUUCUACAGCCGCCUCCUGAUGCUUUGCGACACGUUGUUGCCGCAUUCCAAGCAUGGAGAAGCUGGGAUCUGGACGAUCCUUCCAAUUCUGUUCUCCUUCAGAGGAUUUUCGGUGGGAAAUCCGGUGGAAAGGAGGAUCCAUCACCAGGUUAUCCCCGCUCGGGAGCGUGCCGAUUGUCUGAGAUUCAACUUGUGCUGGAUCCAGGUGUCAAACAGAACAACAUCAGGUUGCUUGAUCUGAAUCUCAGAACAAAAGAAAGGCCAGCGGGCCAAGUCAAUCAUCUGCCCGACACUGUGAAUUUCCAUGGUUCCUUGACGAUCGUGACAUUAUGCUGCGCGGAAGCUGCUGUUCACUUGAACUGGGAGCUUUGCGAACUCGCGGAAGAUGUCAUCCGUCUUUAUAACAAGGCUCAACCACCAGUGCCUCACAAGUCAAGGCCAACCAAACAACUAAAGGCGGAAACUUCUCAGUCAUCCCAUGCUUACCAUGUGGUGUUUGAGCUCGCCAGGGGAUCCAUUGAGGCUGAAACGAUCAACCUGUUGGCUAAAUCGCUCUGCCAUGAUUUAACUAUCUCUACCAUCCUUUGCAACUCGGCUGGAGAGCUGAGCUUCGCAAACGCCAUCCUGAAUUGCAAUUCAGUAACGUCCAAGUUGCAGAGCCACGGUCAUCUUGUCAGCGUGUUCCGGCUACACCGGCCAAGCGUCUUCGUUGCCCAUGAACUUCAGAAAACUGCAGGCACUGUCGCUCAUGCAACUAGGAUCUCGGCGAGUUCGCAAGAUCUGAAUCUAGAGGUCGAACAGGACCCGGUUGGUCUACUCGAAAUUCUGGAUUUACUCAUCAGAGAUGAAGUUGCACGACUAUACAGCCUGAAUAACGAGUGGCCUUCCACACCCGAAGAGCUGGAGAAGGGCGGCAAGACCAAGACACAACUGUCCACCUUCGUUGUCAAUGUAAUACUGUUGUUGGACGGAUAUAGGCUCAGCAUUCCACUGCUACAGUCUUUAACGUACAAGAUUUCAGGGCCCAUAGCUAGAGCAUCAUGCGCCGCCAACUUUGGCAGCAAGAUGAUAUUCGACUUUGACGUCGCUGAGAGCUUCCACGAAAUGCACAUCAACGUCAAGGAUGAGCCCAGGCGUAUUUCUCUUCUGCAAUUCCCACCAGCAAAUGGGCGAAUUACAAGCCAUGUUCAGCCGACUGGCAACGUCGUGGAUGUCCUUGCCUCUAUGGAUGUUAUCCACUUGGACGCUUCCUCCAUGUACAAUCUUUUGAUGGCUUUAAAUCGACCACAAAUGUCUGGAGCUAUCGAAGAAAUGCAGCAGCAGUUGAUGGAUAUCCGCAGGAGCAUCCCGGAAACGUUGGGAGCGUCUCAGUCCACAAAAGUGACUACCACACCAAGGCCAUUUGCUCCAAUGGCCCCCAGCGUGGCGUAUGAUGUUCAUCUGGCGCUGGCCGGAGUAAGAGUGUUGGCUAAGACAUCGCUGAAAUCUGCGGAUGAACCUCAGGCUCAGAUUCUCUUCGCCUUGGAGAAGGUCACAUUGCAAGCCUCCAAUCAACCGGACCCAAAUGUUCCCGCUCUCAAAUACCCCGACUUGCAUAUUGACCUGCGUCAGAUUAGCCUGGACAUCCGGCGAGGAAAGCACGAUGCCUUGCGUUCUUGUGGAGACCUCACCACUGGAUUCAACAUCUCUGCCAGUUCUCGGCGAAGAGACGACGGAAAAGAGGACUGGUCGCUGUACUUCCGCAACGAUGACUUUGCGAUGAACUUGUCACCAGAGACGGUCUCGACUGUGAUCGACGUCGUCGGCUAUAUGGGCUCAAAGAUCAAAGAUUUGGACACCUCCCGUGAGCUAGAGUAUCUUCGGAAGCUCAGACAAACCAAACCAAAAAUAAAGAUCAAUGAAGAAGACUGGGACGGAGAUGCGGACUUGUUGGAAUCCGUUUUGUCGUCAAUAACGUACAGGUUUGAAAUUCGCAAUAUUCGAAUGUGCUGGGGGGUGACCGAACAGUCCGUUGACCAGGACAUCGCCAAGGAAGACCUGGUCUUGUCUAUCAAGCUUAUCGAGUUUGGCACGCGAACGAGGAGAUCAGCUCGGCUGACGAUCAAAGACUUUAUGCUUCAAACUGUGCCUCCUGGGCAGGACAAGACCAUCCGGUCUCUGCACUCGGCUUUACUACCGGAAUUCAUGUUUAACGUCGGCUACGUUUCUUCUCAAAAUGCUCGCCGCAUGGCUUUCCACGCUGUCGGAGAUUCUCUUGAUCUUCGUUUGACUUCAGGUUUCAUAAUCCCGGCUGCAAGCCUCAUACAGUCAAUAUCCUUGUCGAUGAGAAAUGUGCAGACUGCGUCCGCUCAGUGGACGACUGAACAUCCUGGAGCACCAGAAGACGUGGCAUCGAGAAAGUUGGAGCAUUCUAGCCCGCAGACUCGGCAGCGCAGCAUGUUCAAAAACAAGAGACUGGAAAGCUUGCUAGUAGAUGCGGAUUUCGCUGGAGCUGUUGUCUAUUUAUCAACAAAGAGGAACGCAACAGGUGCCGCAGCGGAUUCAAAGUAUUGCCAACCCUCAUUGGCAGGCAAGUACGGCCAAUUUAGUGCGGAUGACUCCGGGUCAGGUGCUGUUUUGCGGACCCCGGGCCUGGCAUGGAAAGCGGAGUAUCGUGACGACGGCAAUGACGACCCUUCUCUCUUUGCGGAGAUCAAGAUCGAUGCCUCUAGCAACAUCCUUUACCCUUCGGUGGUUCCCCUGGUUUUGGACAUGCUGUCCUCGGUGAAGCAGGUGGUGAGCGAUGAUGCUGAGAAAACCCUCCAAGCAGAACAGCCGGAGCGGCCGAAGAUGAAGCCGACCAAGUCUGGAGAGGAGGAUAAGUUCCUCACUGCAGACCCUAGUGCUGUCCUAGGACGGCUCAGGUUGAACCUGGGUCUACGAAUCUGUCGGCAGGAAUUUUCCUUGAGCUGCCAACCGAUAGCAAGAGUUUCUGCCACGGCUUGCUUCGACCACAUGUAUUUUACAAUGAAUACCGUCACGUCUCAGGAGCAAGGCAACUUCUUUGCCAUUUCCGGAGUCGUAACGAGACCACGGGCCUCGGUGCAGCACGUGUACUCGCGGGAUUCCACCGCCAACUUUGACUUGGAUUCCGUCACCAUCUCCUUUAUGAACAACAAGCACUUCAGCGGUACGAGCGGCGUGUCUGCUAUUCUCAGCGUCAGCCCGAUGAAAAUCUCAAUCAACGCCAAGCAAGUGCAAGAUUUUCUCCUUUUCCGCGAAAUCUGGUAUCCGGAAGAGCUACGUCAGAAAUCAGCAGUGGUGGUUCCGGAGAUGCCGGUCGAGACGUCUCAGACACAUCUCGUGCAGCGAUACCAAGAAGUUGCUGCCACGGCAGCUUUUCCCUGGACAGCUACGAUAUCUAUUGCCGCGCUUGACGUCAGCGUAGACUUGGGCCAGGCCAUCGGUAGAUCAUCAUUUCAAAUCAACGACUUCUGGAUAUCGUCGAAGAAGACAUCGGAUUGGGAGCAGAAUCUGUGUCUCGGCUUUCAAAAGGUCGGGGUGGAGUGCAGCGGCCGCUUGAGCGGCUUUAUUGCGCUGCAGGACUUUAGAGUGCGAUCGUCCAUCCAUUGGCCUCGCCGCGAGGAAGCUCUCAAUGAAACGCCUCUUGUCCAGGGUUCCCUUGCGUUCAACGCGCUCCGAGCCAAAGUUGCCUUUGACUACCAGGCUUUUCUGGUGGCCGACGUCACAUCGCUCGAAUUCCUGAUGUACAAUGUUCGAGAAGCAAAGGACGGAAACGGCGAUCGCUUGAUAGCCAUUUUCGACGGUGAAGCAGUUCAAGUAUUCGGGACCACGACUUCGGCAGCACAGGGGGUUGCUCUCUAUCAAGCGCUGCAGAAGCUCGUUCAGGAGAGGCGGGAGAACUUUGAAUCGUCACUGAGGGAGAUUGAGAGGUUUACGAAGCGAAGGUCCAUCACAUCACGAGGGGCAUUGCACCGAUACUCUGUUGCGCCGAAGCUGCCAGUGGAUGACACGUUGUCCAAGUCCCCGAUUUCGCUGGAUACCGACGUCGUGGUUAACUUGAGAGCACUGAACCUCGGCGUGUUUCCAAGCACAUUUUCCGACCAUCAGGUGUUCAAGAUGGAAGCACUCAACGCGCACGCUCGGUUUGCAGCCAGCAUCGAGCAGCGACGCCUUCACAGCGUUCUCCGCAUGACGCUGGGCCAAUUGCGGAUAGGCCUUGCGGGGGUGCGAGACGCGGAAGCACCGAAAACCAUGAGCGAGAUGACGGUGGAAGACGUUGUGCAGAGGUCAACGGGAUCACGCGGCGGCACGAUUCUCAAGGUGCCCCGUGUCGAAGCGGCGAUGGAGACUUGGCAGAAACCAUCGAGCAACCACAUUGACUAUCUGUUCAAGAGCACGUUUGAGGGCAAGGUGGAGGUGGGAUGGAACUACUCUCGCAUCAGCUACAUCCGGGGCAUGUGGGCCAACCACUCCAAGUCGUUGGAACAAAUCUGGGGUCGGCAACUGCCCAUGACGGCAGUCAAAAUAACGGGAGUUCCAGAAGCAGAAGGCGAAAAGCAAAAGAUCACGGCCGAGGUGAACGUGCCGCAAUCCAAGUUUGACUAUCUAGCCCUGGAGCCGCCAGUGAUUGAGACUCCGCAGCUCCGAGAUAUGGGAGAGGCAACACCACCGCUGGAGUGGAUCGGUUUGCACCGAGACAGGCUUCCCAACUUGACGCAUCAGAUUGUUAUUGUGUCGCUACUGGAGCUAGCAGGUGAGGUGGAGGACGCGUAUUCACGGAUUCUGGGUUCCUCUUGA